UCAAUAAACACUUCCUUUUCCUGUCAGACUUUGCUGAGAAACUUCUCUCUGUCUCCGUGCAGCUCGCCUCAAGGUUCCUGACAGCCAAUAUGGGUCUGCCUGGCUCACUGAGGACAGUCUUUCUGCUUUGCCUCCUUGUUCUUGGUUGCACAAGUGUUGAAGGUAACAACGUGGAUGUUAACACUCUUGCCCGCAUUAUCCAGUUCUUUAACAACAAUUAUCAGAAAGUUGAAACAAGUGGUGCUGUGCGCCAGUAUGCUGUAGCCAUUAACGUCCCAGAAGAGCAGUGCCAAAAGGACUUUGUUCCUGACCAGAACAAGUUCCUAAAGAACGAAGAGGCAGACACUGUGAAGAACCAGACAUAUAAUGAGACCGUAGCUCUGUACCAAGGUUCAGAGCUUAUUGCUGCAGGAACACUUGACAGAGGGAAAUACAAAAGACACUCAGAGUCCAUUCUAAUGAACCCUCCUAAAAUCUCCCCCAUGACAAACCUCUUAAACAAGAAAAAGGACGGCUGUGUGGUGUUCUACACCUACAACUCGCCCUGUGUCGACACCUGCAUUAAUGAGAAGAGCAAUUUCAGCAUCCUGAAGAUGCUUGAAAUUUGGAGCACACGCAAAGGCCUGAAAGCUUUUGCCUUCAAAGAUAUCUGGAAGUUUGACAAGAAGAAAGAUCUCAAAGAGAGAUUCAAGGCGAUCACCAAGUACGUGCCUCUGUAUCGCUGUGUGUCCGCUCAGACGUGCUAUGAUUGUGUUCAGGGGGACACAAUCAAUGAGAAUUGUGUGAAAGAUAAUAAUUGAGUAGCUGUUAAUUACAGGCUCUCUGCUUCUUCCUCAGCCUUUCAUUAUAGCCAAUGCUUCAACAGAAAUAUGAUAUGAAGAAGAAAAUGAGAAAAAUUCUAAUAAAAAAAUUAAAAACUGGAUUAGCCUGCUUAAACUUGUGUUUAAAAUUAUGCCUGCUAUUUGAAUUAAAAUCUUUUUGUUCAGCACAUUCUGUUGCCAUUUUUUUAUUCAUUUGUCAUGGGACUGCAACAUACUCUAUAAAAGUAUGCAGACACCCCUUCUAAAUAAUGAGUUCAGGUGUUUCAGCCACACCCAUUGCUAACAGAUGUGUAAAAUCAAGCAAAUAGCCAUGCAAU